AAAGUAGGCUGCAAAACAAAGCCUGUUUGUAAAACGUUUGUCAAAAGUACACGAUGUCAAAGUUUAACCGUGAAAAUACAGCCUCAAAGCUGAAAGGUGCCGGCGAUGGUGUGAGAGCUUUGACAAGCAAAUCCUCCGAACGAGUUCCCGUCCCCUCAUCCCGAAAAUUUACCGCGACAAUGGUCCGCGAUGAAAGUGUCCAAUUAAAACUAAAGAAAGUCCUCGACGAAAUCGAGGCUAAACAAGGACUCAAGAAGGCCAAAACUGUCGCGGAGAUAACACCCACCAAAAUUACUCGUAGGAAUCGUGUAAAGCGCCAGGACAGCCGUGCGUCGUCGAUGUUGCAUGCGACGCCAAGACCUCCACUAGAUGACGUGAAAAGGCCGCCGUCUGGACGCGUCGAUAGAGAGCGUCGAAUCCAGCUAUUGGUUUACCACCGCAUGCUUCUUUUCGUUUGGCGCCGCAGCAAAAUGCGCCUGGCGAUGGUAUCUGAGUCAUUACGGCGCCGUCAGGAGCAGAUUUCUAACUUGGAAAAACAGAUCGACUGUUUGAAAAAUUUAACACAGUCAGAAUGCCACAAACGUGGUGAAGCGAUUGGUGAUUGUCAGCGAUUGGAAAGUGUUUUAAAAGCGAUACAAUUAGAAAAUAACUCUUUAGUUGCGGAGAAAGUUGAACUACAAAAAGAAAUAAACGAAUUGCGAGAUAAACUUCAAAAUGUGAGUACAGAAAAAGAAAAUUUGAAAAAUGAAAUCAAUACAAAAAAUGUCUACCUCAAAAGAAUCGAACAGGAACUGCAAAAAGAAAGGAUUUUAAUGAUGAAUCUAAGGGAUCAAAAUGCAGGACUUAUUAGUAAGGUAAAAGCGCAAGAUGCCGAGAUUGAAGCCCAAGAACAGGUCACAGAUAAGUUGAAUCAAACUUUGAAGGAUUUGGAACAUCAUAUACAUGAAUGCGAGGAACAAAAAACAGCGCAAAGUUUAGAUCUUAAGAGACUUUCAGAGCAGUACCAGUUUGUUGUUAAAAAAAGCGACUGUCUCAAACAGGAAUUAAGCAGAGUUUACUCGACUAAAGAUAAAAUGAAACAAAAAAUUGCUGAUUUGGAAGACAAUUUAGCGAAAAUAAGCGCUCAGUAUGAGAGACUUUUGGAUGAAAAUAAGGGCUUUAGGGAGGAAACGGAAAGCAGGAAGUGUUGGUGGAGAAACGCUAGAGAUUUCCUAGCGGUUUCUUGGGCCGUUUUGCAAAAUGCCGCUUAUAUAAUGUUGCCGGCAAUGUAGCUAUUUUUACCCAUUUUACACGCUUAAUAUUUUGUAUUUGUAGUAAGUUUUAUUUCCUAUUGUACUUGUAUUUAAAUUAACUAAUUUAAAAAUCAAACUGCUUGCUUUAUUGCGCAAACUCGCUGAUGGUAAUGCAGAACAAUGUGCUACUUUUUUUCAAUUUUCUGUUAUGAAAGGUAGUUUUAGGAUCAGGUAAGUAAUUCUUCCAAUUUAUUAUAUUUUUUUCUUUUAUAAUUACAUCGUAUAUAUACUCUUUACGAUUCUAGACAAUGUAAAUUCAAAUUUUAUUCUAACAGCAACAACUAUGUCUAAAAGGCGUUUUAGAUACUAUUGUCGUCUUAUUAACAAUUUCUAAUUUUGUGUAAGCUUUACCGUAGUUUGAAACUCACUGGUCCCAAGAAAAAUAGAAGUUUAACAAUAGGUCGAUAACAAUUGCUGUUAGAUAAGUCUAUAAUAAGUUUUUAAUGUCAAAAAGAAAAUUACAAUAUCUUACAUGAAUGUGAAAUAAAAGUACCUAUAUCUAUAAAUGCAAAAACAGCUUAAGUACAUAGUCAAAAAUAAGUAGAGAUCUGAAAAUACAAUACAAAAAGUAACAAUGUCGAAUAUUUUGUCCGUUUAGUAUAAUUUGAUAAAGUUUAACUCUUUUUUAUUAAAAGCUCUAUCACCUAUGAAGCAUAAAUAAACCUACCCUAAGUUAAUAAUUUAAUGAACACUGUUUUACAUUACUUUUAUCACAAUCUGUACACUAUGUUCGUCCAUACUUUGAUUAAA